CGCUGGGACUUGGUGUGGGACCAGGCUAUUUCGGGCGCUCAUGUGUUGUGGUCAGCUGGACCCGCCUCCUCACUCAUUGAAGCGCCGUGUGUAAAGUCCAACCCGCGACUGACCCGAGCUUCUGCCGUCUUUAACUCGACUACAGAGUACAAAUCUGCGUCUCCCGACACGAUCCAGCAAAUGCAGCGAUGUCCCGGGAGGAAGAGCUGCUCCGGAUCGCCAAGAAGCUGGACAAGAUGGUGUCUCGCGACAGCACGGAAGGAGCCAUGGACCUGCUGAAGGAACUCCAGGGCUUCAACAUGACUCUCAAGCUUCUCCAGGAGACCAGGAUCGGCAUGUCAGUGAACAGGAUCCGGAAACACUGCAAGGACGAGGAGGUCGUCGCUCUGGCUAAGGUUCUUAUCAAGGACUGGAAGAGACUUCUGGACUCGGGACGCUCCGAGAAACCUGCUGACACCAACAACGGUCUGGACCGAGGCAAACCAGCGUCACCUCCCAACGGGUCGCCCUGCGAGACGCACAGCAGUCACAGGAAGCUGGACGUCAAAGCCAAACUCGACUGCGAACUUGACAAACGCCCUGGUGACCAAAACAAAAGGGAGAAGCAUCACAGUAAACACCACUGCAAGGAAGGAGACAUAAAGGACGUCAAACAAAUGUUCCAGGCCGAAAAUGAAGUGAAAGACAUCCGAAGAGAGAAGCACUCGGAGGAAUCCAGGAAACAAAGAGUCGCUGAUUUGCCUGGAAAUGAGUCGGACGAUAAAAGCGAGAGAAACCAGACAGCAGGAGUGAAGAGGGACAAAGCUCCAGAGGCGAAGAAGAUGAGGCAGGAGGAAGAGAUGAGGAAGGAGAGGCGUCCUGAGGAGCGCAGGCCGGCGGAAGACCUGAGGAGAGACGAGGGGAGAAAUGAAAGGCGAGAGAGACCGAAGCACGCAGACCCGCCGCAGAGGCCCGUGUUCGAGAGGAGAGGAGUGCUGGACAGCAGCGUUCUCUACCCGGGUCAGAACGCCUCCCCGCCACGACCCGAGCGGCCGCCGCUCCCCGUCAGACGCCCGCCGUCUUUGGACCAGAAGAAGGAGAAAAGGAUGGAAGGGCGCCCCCACAUGGCUCAGCCCGCCUCCCCUCCGGCGAGGAGACCAUCCCUGGACCUGAAGAAAGAAAGGUCAGGCAGUGAGCAUGCUGUGAGCGGAUUAUUUAUGGAGGGGCCCUUGCCUCAGGUUAUCCAAGCUUAUGUAGAUGUUCAUUUGCACGUCAGGAAAGUCCCCACGGACCCGAACGCCCCAGUGGCUCCGCUUCCAUUCCACCUUCAUCCUCCUCCUGCCAGGAAAGUGCCGCUGGACCCCAACGCCCCUCUUCCUCCUCUCCCUCUUCACCUCCACCCCCCUCCUGCUCUCAAGCGUCCGUCCCUGGAUGGGAAGAAGGAAAGAAAGGAGCUAUCAGAGUCCAAACCCCAGUGUGAAAAGAAACCCAAAGAACUUGUGAAGAAAGACAGGAAAGAGACGUCUGAUGGGAAAGUGGGGAAAAAACACUUGAUGGAAGCCAAGAAAGAACGGAAGGACUCGAGCGACUCCAGGCCGAGCCAUCCAGUGAAACGCCAGUCAACUGAUUCCAAACCCGACAGGCGGGAAUCCAGUGACUCCAAGAGGAGCAGCUCACCACCAGCCAAAAAGCUCAGCGGCGACAGGAGAGAGUCUCUCGGCUCCAAGACCGACCAGGCCGCAGCGCCGCAGAGGAAGCCCUCCACAGACGGCAAUGAAAGGAAGGGCAAACUGGAGGCUCCUAAAACGCCCACCAGCCCCAUGUCGCCUGGCUUCAGCUCUCCUGGGGGUCCGCUGUCCCCCCACCUGUCCACCGGGGACUCCGUCAGAGACAAGUGCAUCGAGAUGCUGGCUGCAGCGCUGCGCACGGACAACGACUACAAAGACUUCAGCUCCAACUGCGACAGCAUGGCAGCAGAGAUCGAGCAUCAUAUCUACCAGGAGACUCGGGCUGUCGACAUGAAGUAUAAAAACCGAGUCCGGAGCCGCAUCAGCAACCUGAAGGACCCAAAGAACCCCGGGCUUCGCAGGAACGUUCUCGCUGGGAGCAUCGACUUGGGCCGCAUCGCCACCAUGACCUCAGAGGAAAUGGCCAGCGACGAGCUGAAGGAGCUGAGGAACGUCCUCACGCAGGAGGCCAUCAGGGAGCACCAGAUGGCCAAAACAGGAGGCACCACCACCGACCUGCUGCAGUGCGGCAAGUGCAAGAAGAGGAACUGCACGUACAACCAGGUGCAGACCCGCAGCGCAGACGAGCCCAUGACCACCUUCGUCUUGUGCAACGAGUGUGGAAACCGCUGGAAGUUCUGCUGACGAGGUCCAGACCUUUCCUCCCGGGGGAACCAGCAGGACCGUGGUGCUGAUCCAAACGCUUUUCUUACUUUGUCAUGUGAUUGACAGGCUGUUUGCUUGGUGAGUGAUUAACGAGCCGCUCGGCUGCUGGGUGUGAAACGAGUUCCACCACGUCGCAGCCGCUCACUCUGUAAAUAAACCACCGCAAUGAUCAAACUCCCUCCUGACUGGUCACACGACUCCAACUUGGUUUGAAACUUGGCGCCGCCACUCACCUGUCAGCCACCAGGUGGCGCUCCUCCCCAUCCCUGCUGCAGGCCUGUGUGUUCUGGAACAGAGCCACAAGUCCACAGGUCCCCAGUGCCAGCAGGUCUUGACCCCCCCCUCCCCAGCGCUCCCUCCCUGCAACACGCCGACAGAAGACAGGAGAGUGAACUGUAAUAGAGGUCACUGCGACUAGACAGAGAGGACAUGGCGGCCAACUAGAUGCAAGUGAAGCUCAUAACACAGGACAAGCUUUUUGGACAAGGUCUACUUUGGAAGUGACACUGACCUUGUAGCAGGUCAAUAGCAUAAAAAGCCGCAUUUUUGUGAAAGUGUCAGCUGCAAUAAGUGAGAUGAACUGGAGUCCCACCAGUCUGGUGGAGCGCAUCACGCUCGAGCCCCUGUCCGUCCAGAGACUCGCCUCUCCCUCUCUGAACGAUGGUCUAGUGGGACAACAAAGACCCCCAGGCUUCUUCAAACGUCCAGUCAGCACGUUUCAUCUCAAGCUGACCACAUCACUGUCAAUGAUCACGACCAACCGUCACCACUAGAGGCUCCACUGAGCUGAGCUUCCUGAAGACAUGUUUCACCCGACUCUGGUCCAAGCUCCUGCUCCUCUAUCAGACCACACCAACCUGAGUCAGUCUUCAGGUGAAACUUGAAGAUCCCUGUGCAGCGGUGAGAGGAGCUGGAAGCCUUGUAACACACUUCCCAUCCAACCACCUGCUCGAUAUCCGUCAUCAUUGAUUCACGCCUGGCGAGGUAGAGAUGCAGCUGGUUGCCAAGUUGAAAAGAAAGAGCCGGGGUGGGAGGGGGGUUGUUAACUGGAAGAGUGUUCUAUUCUCUCCCUGCUGGAUUCUCUCUGCACCUGGAUUAGUGCCGUUCGGCUGCCUCUGCCUUCAUAUGGGGAGGAAACCUGGGCUCAAACCUUCAGAGGAGCGGCGUUUGAUUAAUCCACUUCAUUUCACUGCCACGUGUCCUGAAACGCCUGGUUUUCAAGUGCUGCUAAAAAAAUGCCACCAGCUCCACUAGCUCUGCUGCGUCACCUUCAUCUGGGUCUGUUGACAAAACGUCGAGAAAAGCUCACGUUUGAAAGCACAUUUGCUGUGGAGUCAGACCCAGUCUGCAGCAGACAGGCGGCGUCCUGCUCGCAGGCGGACGGAGGAAGGUUGGGGUCGCACAACAGACGGGCAGUGCGGCGGCGCCCGCGGCUGAGGAGUCGUGACUGAUGACUGAUGCACAGUUCAAAUCCACAGCUGAAGGUUUGACUGACAAAUGGCUGUUGGAGUCACAAGUGACACCUUCAUGCUUCUUAAGAAUAGUGAAUAAUAAUUCCAGUCUCUCCUCCAUUACACAUCAUUCAUAAUGUCGCAUUUAGAUUGGUGUCAGUAGUGAGCAAGCUCUACAGGGUCACCCUGAAGGUCACCAGCCCAUCACAGCUCACACUGAACACUGAAAGCUUUUGGAGUGUGGGACCACGGCGACACGGUGCACACGUCACGUCCAUCCAGGUAUCUGCUUCACUUCCAUCUGAGAGGGCCUGCAGGUCCCUCUCACUGAGGUGUUGGAGCCUGGUAUCACCAGAGAGUGGAAGGACUGGUGGCCCAGAGCGAGCCAGUAACUACGGAUCCUUCUGUUCAAGGAUAAUAAGAGCCGAUCGAUUGUUGUUAUGCAUCUUUCAGACAACAACCUCCUCCAGUGUGACCUUGUGUGAGGGUCGAUGAGUGAAGUUGAUUUAGAGCUGAGCAGACAGGAAGAAACAAACUCUUCACUGAGAGACAGACUUCAGUGAGCAGCUCUGUGAGGACUAGAGAAACAGGAAGGCAGGGCUAACCCACCACUCGCUUCAGCCGCGGCUCAAUUUGCCGGCUGCUCGUGGAGGAAAAUGGCUUCCACUCAGGUGCGAUGAAACGAGGACUGGUGCUGAACUAACCAGUCAGUGACCAGCGCCACUGCGUUUCUCCAGGGCUCUUCAGGGUGCACGAGCUGGGAGCUGAGUUGUUCAUGCCUAAACUUGUGUCUCAUCUCCUCAUGUGGUACAGAAUAUUAAAAAAAAUAAUCUCCUGAUCGUAACUGUGAAUUUUUUUAUGACUUCCUUUUUAACUGCGCUCAGUCAUUGAAAUAUUUAUUAUAGCAAUAUAACAUUCAAUACAGUAUAAUUGUGUGUAUCUGCUCAGUUUUUACAUACUUUCUAUGCUGACAUU